CCUUACUGACCCUGGUGGACUAAAGUUUAUUGGCUAUAUCACAUCUUCAAUGUCUCUUACCGAGCCCUCUGAAAUGGUAAUUGACCUUACUCAGGAUUCUGAUCCUGAGGACCAGCCCCGGACCAACAAACCCUCUUUCUUUUUCCCAAGUCUGGCACAUCAUACAGUCUCAUCUAUCCCUCUGAAGAGAAAAUCUGAUAGAGAUUCAGAGACGUUGAACUCUCUUCCUGCAGUCACUCCCCAGGCAACAAACAACCACAAUUACAUAGUACCGAGGCUUGAGACCCCCCGGAAGGAAGUGAUAUCAUACCAACCACUGAAACAACAACAGCAGCAGCAGCAGCAGCAACAACAACAACACGAACAUAAAAAAGACAAAUUCCGGCUAUUUACUCCCAGUCCAGCCACAGAGGAUAUCAGCACAGUUAGCGUGUUAAGACGUGAAAUAGACUCUGCAGAACUGAUCUCAGAUCUAGAGCUCACAGGCCUCUCUGAGAAGUACUAUCCAACAGAUGCACACGAGAAACGUGCUACAAAAGGCACAUAUCCCGUUGCCAAAAGAGUCAGACGCGCAGAUAUCCCAUUGCGCAUCGGACGGCCGGGACCCUUCCUUACAGAGAAGGACAGACGUCCGGUAUCCCAACAGCUUUGUGAAACACUUCAACGUAAGCUUAAGUCUAUCAAUGGCCCUACAGUCUCCGUUGCCCCUGGAGACGAAAAGCAGCUUGCACUCGAUACCUCCGAUUUCGAGUUCAUCAAUGAGUAUAAGCUGCGGAAGGGAGUGAGCCCCAUUGAUCGGGAGUUCAUGGCUGGUUGUAAUUGCAUUAAUAAUUUCUGUGACCCUGCGCGUUGUGGCUGUCUUUCUGUUGAAGAGACCUCCGAUGAUCUUAUCAUUCCUUACAAACGGGCAAAGGACGAUGCAUGUUUCUUGGUGCUUUCUCCUGAUUUUAUGGCCCGAACAUCUAUGAUCUACGAGUGCAACUCUCUCUGUGGAUGUGAUGAACGAUGCUGGAACCGCGUGGUGCAACGUGGGCGAACUAUUCGAUUGGAGAUAUUCCAUACUGGGAAUCGUGGCUUUGGAAUCCGCUCCCCCAACCCCAUCCGCGCCGGCCAAUUCAUAGACAGAUACCUCGGCGAAGUAAUCACCCGUCAAGCAGCCGACAUCCGAGAAGAAAUCGCCCACAACACCAAAUCUCACUCUUACCUCUUCAGUCUCGACUUCCUAACCAACGAUGACGAUAUCUAUGUCGUAGAUGGUCAGAACUUUGGAGCUGCCACCCGCUUCAUUAACCACUCCUGCAACCCUAAUUGCCGGAUCUACGCUGUCUCCCGCACCCACGGCGACCAACGACUCUACGAUCUAGCGUUCUUUUCGCUGCGCGAGAUUCCCCCGAACACAGAGCUAACCUUUGAUUAUAACCAGAAUUGGCAAAAAGAGAAGACCAAUGAGGCGGAUCCGAGUGCAGUCAAGUGUCUUUGCGGGGAGGAGAAUUGCCGUGGUCAGUUAUGGCCGAAUGAGAGGAAGAAGGCGACGAAAGGAUGAAAUUUUUUUUUUAUAUCCUCUUGGUCGCUCUUCUUCUUCUGUCUUUUUCUGUCUUUUUUUC